AUGGCUGCCAUCUUAGCUCGAAAGUCUCUCUCCGCUCUCCGCGCUCGGCAGCUGGUUGUAUCUGGUCAGGCAUUGCGGGCCUCACCUCUGUAUGCCAUGCGAUCCAGUGCUUUAUAUUCAACUGACAGAGAGGAUAUAGAGAGAGAGGAACUUGCAAAGGAAAUUUCGAAGGAUUGGAAUUCUGUGUUUGAGAGAAGCAUUAACACACUCUUCCUUACCGAAAUGGUCCGUGGGUUGUCGUUGACCCUGAAGUACUUCUUUGAGCCAAAAGUUACUAUCAACUACCCGUUUGAGAAGGGUCCUUUGAGUCCUAGGUUCCGUGGAGAGCAUGCUCUCCGCCGAUAUCCUACAGGAGAGGAACGUUGCAUUGCUUGCAAGCUUUGUGAAGCUAUUUGCCCCGCACAAGCCAUCACAAUUGAGGCAGAGGAACGAGAAGAUGGAAGCCGUAGGACUACUCGGUAUGAUAUUGACAUGACCAAGUGCAUCUACUGUGGAUUCUGCCAAGAGGCUUGUCCUGUUGAUGCCAUUGUCGAAGGACCAAAUUUCGAAUUUGCCACCGAAACCCACGAGGAGCUUUUGUACGACAAGGAGAAGCUGCUCGAGAAUGGUGACCGUUGGGAAACUGAGAUUGCCGAGAACCUCAGGUCUGAGAGUCUCUAUCGCUGA